UUUCCUUUCUCCAUGACAGGAUAUAAAAGUGCUCCUGAGUGGCAGCCCCGGAGCUGCUUCUGCUGACUCGUUCUCUUCUCUGACUGGGUUGGAUCAGGAACGAUGUCCUCCUACGGGCAGCUGCUCAGCGCCCGCUGCGCUUCGCCCUGCGAGGUGACCUGCAGCCAGCCCUACGUCGACGCCUGCAGCCAGCCAUGCGUCGCCUCCUGCGGUGACUCCCGAGCCAUCGUCUACGCCCCACCCGUGGUCGUGACAUUCCCGGGGCCCAUCAUCAGCUCCUGCCCCACCGAGAGCGUCGUGGGGACAGCCAUCCCUGAGAUCGGCGGGGGAAUGGGGUCUGGAGGGGGUGGGAUGGGGUCUGGAGGAGGUGGGAUGGGGUCUGGAGGGGGAGGAAUGGGCUCGUCCUGCGGGGGAAUGGGAGGGGGCUCCUACGGCGGGGAGGGCUCCUGCGGGGGCGGGAUGUCGAGGCUGGGGAGCCUCUACCGCGGCUCCUAUUUCUCCGGCUACGGCUACGGUAGGAAUUACAACCCCUACUUUUCCCGGGGGUACUACAGGUAUCGCUACGGGAACUACGGCCCUUUUUAACCCUUUAGAAUCCAGGAAUGUCCAAAUGG